AUCAGGCCCAAUAGCGAUAGCGUCCAAUGGUACUCGCAUCGCCAGAUCGAAAGAGCGUGCAAAUCGCGAGCUUCUGGUUUCAGCGAAUUUCCAAAAUUAGGGUUCUUCUCGUUUGAAAUUCGGACUGCUACGAUGUCAGAUUACGAAGGCGUCAGCAAGCACAGUUCUCGUGGAUCAGAACGUGAGAGCUCGUGGAGAGAUCGACAGCGAGACCGAGGUCAAGAUAGAGCAAAAGAUGGUGACCGUUAUACACCGGAGUAUAAGGAUAAAAGUGGAAGAUUUGACAGAGGGAGGAACUCGUAUGAUGGCCAUCUCUGCGGUAGAAACCAAGAUUUCGACAGGCAUCGUCAUUAUGAUCAAGAUAGAGAAAGGAUGCAUAGACAUAGAUCACGGUCACGUUCUCGUUCUCGCUCAAUGGACAGAUCUCCUUCUCGUUCCUGUUCAAAGAGCAAGCGUACAAGUGGUUUUGACAUGGCACCGCCUGCUGGGUCAGUGCUGUAUAAUGCUUCCGUUUCAGAUAUUUCCCUACCAUUCGCAAUGAUGGAAUUUGUUUCUUUAUUAUUUCAUGCAGGACAACUGUCAGGUAUUCCACAAACAAUGCCUGGAGUGGUACAAAAUUCAUUUCCUUUUGGGGCAUUGCAUAUGGCUCUUCCAUUGAUGCCAGCUCAAGCCAUGACUCAGCAGGCUACAAGGCAUGCACGUUGGGUAUACGUUGGUGGGCUUCCUCCCUUGGCUAAUGAGCAGACAAUUGCCACAUUCUUUAGCCAAGUCAUGGCUGCCAUUGGAAGAAAUUCUGUUGGUUCAAUAUCUGAACUUGCAGGUGAUGCGGUUGUAAAUGUCUAUAUUAAUCAUGAGAAGAAGUUUGCAUUUGUGGAGAUGAGAACGGUUGAAGAAGCAAGUAAUGCAAUGGCAUUAGACGGGAUUAUAUUUGAGGGGGUUGCUGUGAGGGUAAGAAGGCCAACAGACUACAAUCCUACUUUAGCUGCAACACUUGGUCCUAGCCAACCAAGUCCUCACCUUAACUUGGCUGCCAUUCGUCUCACACAAGGUGCCGUUGGUGGAGUUGAGGGACCUGACCGUAUCUUUGUGGGUGGGUUACCUUACUACUUCACUGAAGCUCAGAUUAGAGAAUUGCUUCAAUCCUUUGGACCUCUCCGUGGUUUUGACCUCGUGAAGGAUAAUGAUACAGGAAACUCUAAAGGAUAUGGAUUCUGUGUUUAUCAGGAUCCAACUGUGACAGACGUUGCCUGCGGUGCUCUCAACGGCUUAAAAAUGGGUGAUAAAACUUUAACCGUCCGGCGUGCUAGUGCCAGCAACGGGCAGUCUAAAACAGAGCAAGAAAACAUCUUGGUACAGGCACAACAGCAUUUAGCCAUGCAGAAAAUGGCCAUGCGGGUUGUUGACUUGAAUCUUCUAGGAGCUGGAAUGGCAACCAUGGCGAGUGGUGAGACACCCACUAAAGUCCUGUGCUUGACUGAGGCGAUUACUGCUGAUCAACUGGGAGACGAUGAAGAGUAUGUCGAAAUAUUAGAAGACAUGAGGGAUGAAUGCAGCAAAUUUGGAACUCUUGUGAAUGUUGUUAUUCCUCGUGCGGAUCAAGGCGGAGAACAGAUUCCAGGUGUUGGGAAGGUGUUCUUGGAAUAUACGGAUAUUGGGGGUUGCGCCAAUGCGAAGAAUGUACUCGGUGGGAGAAAAUUCGGAGGUAACACAGUCAAUGCCGUUUACUAUCCAGAAGAGAAAUACUAUAUCAGGGACUACAGUGCAUAAGAGUACUAAGCCCCCGGCCUAGGUUUUUAUCGUUUUUGUUGCAAUGUAAAAUAGCUGUACGUUCCAAAGCGAACUUUCGGAUGUCGGUAAUGGUUGCUCAGGGAACCGAUGGCGUGCUAGUAUAAUCGACGACUGCCUUUCCCGGCCUUCGUUCUCUUGAUGUUUUGAUGAUGGCUUGGUUUUUUGGCCAUUUAGGUUGGUUUGUAUUAGUAUGGAAGUGUACAUACCGUUUAAUAUACUUCUCAGAGAUUAAUAGUGGUCUUCUCAUUUGCAUAGCA